AUGGCCAGAACGAAGCAAACCGCCCGUAAAUCCACCGGAGGAAAGGCUCCCAGGAAGCAGCUCGCCACCAAAGCUGCCCGUAAGAGCGCCCCGGCCACUGGCGGUGUGAAGAAGCCUCACCGCUACAGGCCCGGUACCGUGGCUCUGAGGGAGAUCCGCCGUUACCAGAAAUCCACCGAGCUGCUCAUCCGCAAGCUGCCCUUCCAGCGCCUGGUCCGCGAGAUCGCUCAGGACUUCAAGACCGACCUGCGCUUCCAGAGCUCUGCUGUCAUGGCUCUGCAAGAGGCCAGCGAGGCUUACCUGGUCGGACUCUUCGAGGACACCAACCUGUGCGCCAUCCACGCCAAAAGGGUCACCAUCAUGCCCAAAGACAUCCAGCUGGCUCGCCGCAUCCGCGGAGAGAGAGCUUAAGCUACUCGCUCUCCUACAAACAACGGCUCUUUUCAGAGCCAACUCCCUCACACCAAGAGCUCGCUCCUUUCUUACUAUUACAACAAUAUUAUACUUACACGUCAAUCUUCAUGCUCUUUCUAUACUAGAAACUACGGUCGGCAUGAACGUGGAAAUCACUGACUUCAGUUACAAAAAUGCUUCAUUAAUUUUUAGCAUGAAUUGUUGUAUCCUUAAAUGUCUCCCUCCUUUACUUAUUCACUUUUUUAUUUUUAUUUUUAUUAUUUUUCCUCUUUCUCUUCCCCCGAAGCUCAUCACAUUGGAGUGCUUUGUGCUCGGCUACAUGAUAGACCCUGUGCUCUCAAGUACCUUUGGUAAACUCCUAUUGUUUAAAUGUGCUAUAAAAUACUAUAGACAUGACAGUAAGCCUAACAUGUUAACAUUAGUUUACAGAGGCUGUUAAAUUUGUUUAACGUCAAAAUGUUGGUGACACAAUUUCAUCCUAAUGGUACUGACAUAUUCAUAGGGUUAACUUUUGAGACAAAAUAUGAGGUUGUCAUGAUUUUGUAAAUAUUCCAACUUGUAGUGCAGUUUGCACAAAUUGUUUUAAAAAUGCACUCACCCUACAAACAUUACUGAUGAGUCAAGAUCUGCACAAAUCGACAAACACUGAAGCAGCUCCCCAUUUUAUUCUUGUUUGGUCUAUGAAUGUUCACACUCCUGCUAUAGGUGAGUUUUAAUAAA